CCCGCCGGGCCGCGCACCUCGGGCCGAGCGCGCGCCGGGCCGGGAGCGGGAGGCGGGGCGGCCUACACGCUGCGGCGGAGAGGAGAGUGCUGCGGCCCCGCCGCGGCCAUGGAGGUCUACAUCCCGUCCUUUCGCCACGAGGACAGCGACCUGGAGCGCGGCUACACGGUGUUUAAAAUAGAAGUGCUAAUGAAUGGAAGAAAACAUUUUGUUGAAAAAAGGUACAGCGAAUUCCACGCCUUGCACAAAAAGCUUAAGAAAUGUAUAAAGACUCCAGAAAUCCCUUCCAAACACGUCAGGAACUGGGUCCCCAAGGUCCUGGAACAACGGCGACAAGGCCUGGAAACAUACUUACAGGCCGUCAUUUUGGAAAAUGAAGAGCUCCCCAAACUCUUCCUUGAUUUCCUCAAUGUAAGACACUUGCCCUCUCUACCAAAGGCAGAAAGUUGUGGAUCUUUUGAUGAGACUGAAUCUGAAGAGUCAAGCAAGCUGUCCCACCAGCCGGUGCUGCUGUUCCUCGGGGAUCCAUACGUCUUGCCUGCAGCCAGCGAUUUUCCAAAUGUGGUCAUCGAAGGAGUUCUUCAUGGGAUAUUUUACUCUCAUCUGCAGUCCAGGUAGAAACUGUGCCUGGCUGCAGGAAGAUGAAGCGAGCGUCAACGGCAAUGGCAAGAAAAUCGAUCUCUCUACCAAGCUAACCGAAACUCCAUGACACAAUAGCUCUAGCUAGCGGGAAAAUUCACAGUCCUAGCUUCCUUCAGAACAGGGAUAUUUCUGUUAGAAUGGUGCUUUUAAAAUUAGAAACCGAACCAGGGUGGGGUCAGUCUAAGACCAAUUGUUCGCAAAGGUGAAGGGAGAUUCCAGCUCAAGAAAAGGAGGCCACGGUGGAUUACUGGGAGUACCGCAUGUCACAAAACAGAGCCAGCCUCUGCUUCAGUCGCACCGUGUGCUAAUUGGAAAUCAUAUCCUGGGUCACGCCGACACUGAGCAACUUCGGUGGCUUUUGUUCAGACUUUGACACACUCAUCUUUACGCCAGGAGAUUUUUCUCAGGGGGAGAUACUCCAGAAGGCUGCGGGCACCCGCAGAGUACCCUGAAAGCCACUGUGCCCGGCUGGAACUUCAGCUAGUCUGACAAUAGAAUGCAUUGAAGAAUAGAAGGCGUUUUAGUUUCCAUUACAGUGGGGUUGCCUCCCACCCACAGAUCAGCUUCCAGCAUCAGUGCUUGAAAUGAAAUGGGGUGUUGGGACAAUCGAUGAGAACCCUCUAGAAAGACGCUGUACCAGAAAUCCAUCCUCCACCAUUU